AUGAGUGCCAUAUCAUCUCAAAAUCCUGAAAAGCAGACCUACGGAUUGCGAAAACCGAAAGCUGCUUAUUUUCCCCAGCCUGGAUCGAAGCUGUAUGCUGACAAGGACUUAUAUCAAAAGAUCGCAAAUAGUAAGAAGCGCCUAGUCAAGACCUACCUGAUCCAACCAAGAAGUGCGCUAGCGGUAGAAAUUCCAGCUAAAAGCAUAUUUCGGCUGACAACACCUGAGGGUCCCCAGGUCGGCGAUCUGAACAUUUGGAAUCGGCAUAAUCCAAGAGAACGAUUCUGGGCUGCCCGUACAAGACAGUUACACAGUGCCCAUGUUUCAACUUAUGACAGAUUGUGGUCGAAUUUGCCAUAUUUGAGGCCUUUGGUCACCAUCAUUGGCGAUACUUUGGGUGGGAGACACGAUGAAUGGGGAGGCAGAGUUCACGACACUCUAGGAACUAGAUACGAUCCCUAUGUGGACAAACUAAUCAGCGGCGAAGACAAUGAUUUCCACUGUCACUCGAAUCUAACCCGGGCUGUGCUCCCCUACGGUCUCACAGAAUUCGAUGUUCAUGAUGUACUUAAUGUAUUUCAAGUUACUGGACUCAAUGAGUACGAUCAAUACUUCAUGGAAGCCUGUCCUUCUGAAAAGACAGACUUCUUUGAAUGUUUUGCCGAGCAGGAUCUGUUGGUAGCUCUUUCCGCUUGUCCUGGAGGCGAUCUGUCUAAUUGGGACUGGGGUGAAGACAAAGACAAAGUCGAUCAAAUGGGCAUGAUAGAUACUUGCAGACGGCUUCAAAUUGAGGUUUACCAACUUGAAGAUCCCGAAACAGCUUUGCAGGGCUGGGAAGAGCCUCAAUUUCCAAAAUAUCGUGGGAACCAUGGAUUGAAAAUAUCUUCAAGCCAAGAGUAA